GGUGGACGCGAGGCGAGAGGAUCAGCCGCUGCGGACCCACACUCCGACUAAAGAGCCCGCCAAUCAACAUGAGUCUGGACACUGACGACAAGCGCACCCGCACACGGUCCAAAGGGGUCCGAGCUGCUGUAGAUGUAGUAGGACAGGACCUCAGCUGUCCCACCCCUGGAUGCAAUGGCUCUGGCCAUAUCAGUGGGAAAUAUGCCCGACACAGAAGUGCACUCAGCUGUCCCUUGGCCCGGAAGCGCCGUCUUCAGGAGGCGGAGCUUGAGCAUGAGGAGCCCGCCUCUAAGAGGAAGUCCCACCCUCUCAAACUGGCCAUGGACGAGGGCUACAGCGCGGACAGCGACGGGAGCGGCGAGGAGGUAGAGCCAAAGGAGGAAGAGGAGGAGGAGGAGGAAGAAGAGGAGAGAGAGGAGGCAGAGCAGGAGGUCACAGAGUCCCAGCAGCAGCAGCAGCAGCAGCAGCAGCCACAGCAGCAGGAACAGUCUCAGGAAAUGGAGGAGGAGGAGCCAGAGGGUGAGGAGGAGGAGCCAGAGGGUGAGGAGGAGGAGUCACAACAGCCGGAACAGAGACACCAGGAAGAGGAGGCUGAUGAAGAGGAGUGUGUGAUCAUUGAGUCGUCGAGCACACAGAAGCCCAAAGGUCAGAACGGAGAGGACUACUCCAGAUACCAGCAGAUGGCCGCCAGUUCCCUGCUCAACCUGAGCCAGGUGACCGACAGGCCGUCCACUCCUCCGCUCGUCUCGGAGGCGGAGAGGAACGGCCAGGGAGGCUCCGAUCGGCGAGGAGGAAGGCCCCAAAGAGCAGGCCGAGGAAGAGGAGGAGGAGGCUGA